AUGCAGCCUUCCGAAGUCGUUCCCCUCAAUCCUCCCCCCCCGCCUGCUCAAUCCCCGGCGGAAAACCCAACGGCGCGCGCCCCACCCGCUCCCUCCGGAGAGCCUUCCAGCUCUCGCUCCCCUGCCAGCCGAGACAAUGCUCCCCCUGCUGCCGCCGGCGCAACUUCAUGCGCCCCUCGCGACUCCGCCGCUCGCGACUCCGCCGCUCCCAGCAGCACGCCCGGCGGGCCCAGCCAGACGCCCGCCGCCACCUCCCCUCCGUUCCGCGAGUUCAGCUACGCGGAGCUGCACGCGGCGACGGGGGGAUUUGCGCCUGCGCGCCUCAUAGGGGAGGGGGGGCUCGGAACGGUGUACCGCGGGCGGAUGAUGCUGCCUGCGGACGGCGACGCGAUGAGGGAGUGUGACGUGGCAGUGAAAAUGGUGAAAGAGAAUGAUUUUAUUGAUCAAGAGCCCAAGACCUUCAAGGCUGAGGUGGCAGCCAUGUCAGCACUGAAACAUUACAACAUUCUGAAGCUGAAAGGCGUGGCGUUUGACGCGCAACAGAGGCCACUUCUCGUGUAUGAGUACAUCCCCGGAGGCGACGUUACGAAUCUUCUCAAACGAGUCCGCAGGAAGGAAGAUCAGUUUCCGUGGAAGGAGCGUGUGAUGGUUGCGCUGGGGUGUGCCGAGGCGCUGGCUUAUAGUCAUAAAAAGGGGAUCAUUCACCGCGAUUUCAAGUCGUCAAAUGUUCUUCUGCGAGAGGAUCGCACUCCAAUCGUGGCCGACUUUGAUUUGGCUCGUUCAAUGGAGGACUCGAGAACACACGUGUCAACAAGGGUGGCAGGCACGUGGGUCUACAUCGACCCAGCCUUUUCUCAGACGGGGAAAUUAUACUCGAAAUCUGACACCUACUCGUUUGGUGUGUUUCUUCUGGAGCUAGUUUUUGGCUUCCCUCCCCACGGAAAAGAGUACAGAGAUCUGAAGAAUGACGUCGCCAAAAAGGAUUUCAAGAAUCCUUUGUUGGUUGCCGACCAUACUAUGGAGGGGCAGUGGGAAAGGGAGCAUGUUCUUCAAAUCAUUAAUAUGGCCCGCUCGGCCACAUCCUACGCGUUGGAUGCACGCCCUGAAAUGAGGGAAGUAGUAGGGGAACUUCGAAGAAUUUGGAGCGAAAUUAGAAGGUGA